CCCCGCGCCCGUGGUACCCCGACGCAUUCCCCAGUCUUCUACAUACAUAAUCCUCUCUCGACCUCUUGCUAACAACUUCUCCUCUCUUUCUCUCGUUGUCCCUCUCUCUGAUACCAAUAUGAGUCGCCCAGACUCCGCCGCUGCUCUCCCGCCCGGCCACUUCCUGGCCCUGCCCCCCACAUUCUCCAACGACGAGCGUACUUCACUCACCACCGAGUCACACGCCGGUCUCGGCACCGCUCCCAACGUCGCGUCUCUGGCCGCCGCCGACUUUGACGUCGACGUCCGCACAGGCUUCCUGCCUCCUCGCGCCAACGUCGCCCGUCUUCCCGCUCCCUAUGACGUCUGGGAGGAUGCCCUCGCCGCCGCUUCAGGCGAGGGCCCCGGCCUGGGCGUUCGUCUGGGCGGGGGGCGCCCCGAAGACGAGGCAUGGCGCGCGGCUGUUGCAACCAUGCCAGUCCUCGACAUUGACGGCCUUGUGACGCUGCCCCUCCUGCGCCGCGCUCACUCGGUCCUCGCAUUCCUCUGCCACUUUUACGUACACUCGGCGCCCCCCUCGCCUGUACCGGCGCCCACUGAGAUCCCGGCCUCGAUCUCAGUGCCCCUCCUUGCCACCUCGCCCCUCGUCGGCCUUCCCCCCGUGCUGACAUACGCCGACACGGUGCUCUGGAACGUGCAGCCCGCCGACCUUACCCGCUGCAUCAACAUGACUGACAACCCGCCUGUCAAGACGCUUUGCAGCUUUACCAACACCAAGUCCGAGGCCGGCUUCUGGCUUGUCUCGGCCGAGUGCGAGGCGGCCGGUGCCGCCGCUCUGUCUCUUAUGCGCCAGUCGCUUGACGAGCUCUUCCUUGGCGACGACCUCGCUUACCGCCGCCUCACUGUGUACCUCCGCAAGCUUGCAGAGCAGAUCGACCGCGUCGGCGACAUCACCCUCCGCAUGAUGACCGAAGUCGAACCUGAGGAGUUCUACCACGUCCUGCGUCCCUGGUUUAAGGGCGGCGAUGCUGAUGGCCCCAACUCGCCCGGUUGGGUUUUUCUCGGCGUCGAUGACAACCUUCUCAUGGAAGCCGAGAACCGUAUCGGCUCUUCGGCUGGACGCAAGUUCUCUGGCCCUUCUGCCGGUCAGUCAUCGCUGGUCCAUGCCUUCGAUGUCUUCCUUACGGUCGACCACGCCCCGCGCCCGGACGAGGACGCACAGACCGUCUCGGGUGAGGGCGUCCAGCCCGAUUCGGCACCCAUCACCCUCAACAACACCCCCAUUCACCCGGAGGCAUCGGCGGACGGGUCGGCGCCAACCGACCAGCCCCGCGUCGUCGAGGCAACAUACCUCCAGCGCAUGCUACAGUACAUGCCGCUCCCGCACCGGACGUUCCUGAUGCACCUGGCGUCGCACCCGACGCCUCUGCGCUCGGUCGUCCUCGCGCGCCAAGACACGCACCCGGACCUGGCCGACGCGUAUGACGGUGCGCUCGCCGCGCUCCGCCGCUUCCGUGACAAGCACAUGCGCGUUGUGUCGCGCUACAUCGUGCAGCAGGCGCGCCGUGCGCCCUCGCCUCGUGUCCUCGCGCUCCUCGGCCGCGCGACCGACGAGCCCGCCGUCACCGCCCCGCCGAAGACGGGCGUCGACGACGACGGCCUCCGCGGCACGGGCGGCACGCCGCUCGUGCGCUUCCUCAAGCGCUGCCGCGACAACACGAGCCGCGCCAUGGUCGUCGACGAAAAGGCGUGAGCUCCACCAACUAUCAGAACAGCCGGCAUGGACAUGUGCCGCGUGCAUCAAGGACGCGCAGUAAGACGUGGCCCAUCUACGCAGUAAGGCGCGGGCGGUACCCCUGGUCAGGGAGGGCGCG